UUCCUGUUUGGUCCUUUGCACAUCACACAACUGCACACCCUCUCCUUCUCUCACUCUCUUUCUCUCUCACUCCCUCUCUCCCUGUGUCUGAAUCUCCCUCUCCUGCAUCCACACACCUCCCACCUCAAUGCUUGGCUGGGCCUGAUCGACGCGGAAGAAGAGCUUAAAAGAGAAGAAAGAAAAGAACAUGGGAAACACACCUUCUCAAGGUGGAGAUCCGAGAUCAAAACGAACAAAUAACGCAAAAGAUUCCAGCCGGCCUGGGACCCAUAUGAUCUCUGCAGACGAUGCUGAAUACCCUCGAGAGUACCGAACCCUUGGUAACGGGACACGCCGUUUCUCCAAUGUGGGCCUUGUUCACACUUCAGAGCGCCGGCACACUGUGAUUGCUGCCCAGAGCCUCGAAGCACUAACUGGUCUACAGAAGUCUGACAUGGAAAGGAAGAGAGAUGCCUUCAUGGACCACCUGAAGAACAAAUAUCCCCAACACGCAUUGGCUAUCAGAGGUCAACAGGAGAGGAUUAGAGAUCAGUUGUUUCAAGGCUCCUCACCACUCCUGCUUUCAGGGACUUCUUGCAACUCGGAUACACUGAUGUAUAGAGAGACACAGGAUAAUUCAGUUCCUGUGUGCCUAGAUAACCCAUCAUCGCAACCAAACUACUGGAGCUUUAAGACAAGAAGUACAAGGCACCCACAGACCUCUCAGCCUGGCCUUGCUGAUCAAGCAGCCAAGUUGUCUUUUGCUUCUGCUGAAUCUUUGGAGACCAUGUCGGAAGCCGAGCUACCGUUGGGUUUCAACAGGAUGAAUCGAUUCAGGCAGAGUCUCCCCCUCUCUCGCUCCACAAGCCAAACCAAACUGCGUUCACCAGGUGUCUUGUUUCUGCAGUAUGGAGAUGAAACAAGACGUGUGCACAUUACCCAUGAGAUAACCAGCAUGGACACACUUCAUGCACUCAUUGUGCACAUGUUCCAGCAGAAACUUACUAUGGGAAUGUUGAAAUCCCACAACACGGCAAUCCUGAUCAAGGAUGAAUCUCGCAAUGUCUUCUAUGAACUGGAGGAUGUCAGAGACAUCCAGGACCGAAGUAUUAUAAAGAUCUACCGGAAGGAGCCCAUUUAUUCCUCAUUUCCUGCUCCUCACAUCACCAACGGGGACGUGAGAGUAAGCGGAAAAGAACCCUGGUCAGACUGCUGUCACCGGCUUUGGCUGGGUCUGGGCUGGGGGCUGGAACGAGAGAUGAUUUACAGUUCCAGAGAUUCUUCCCCAACACGACGACUGAACAGCAUGUCUUCUGCCUCCCACUUAGCCUCUGGUUCCCCUCCACCUGUUCUACAGUCCUCUUCACCAGCACGCUCACGGAUGUCUUAUAGUGGGGGACGUCCACCCUCUUUCGCAGGAAGCCCUGUGCAUCAUGGUGACCGAAUGUCAGGCUUGCCCCCAGCUCAAGGUGUGUCUCCUAGUCCUAGCGCCAUUUUGGAGAGAAGGGAUGUCAAGCCUGACGAAGAUCUCUCCAACAAGAAUGUAGUGCUAGUAAAGAAUGAAGGAUUGUAUUCAGACCCAUAUGGCAUGGUGCAUGAGGGCAGACUCAGUAUCACCUCCACUCAGUCAUUGGCUGGAUUGGGGGACCCUUUCUCAUACCCAGGAGGACUGUAUAAGCGUGGGUCAGUUCGCUCAUUAAGCACUUACUCAGCAGCUGCUCUACAGACUGAACUAGAAGAUGGGAUGUACAAACCCAACUCUCAAAUAUAUGGGGAUACAUAUGGUCCUGGACUUGGUUUUCGAAUUCCACCAUCUUCCCCACAGAAAGUGUCAGAUGGGAGGCUUGUGGAUGUCCAGCAAGGCCAGGGCCCUCACAGCCCUUACUCAGGACCUUCGAACCGUUCCUCUCCUGUGCGCCAGACUUUUCGCAAAGACUCUUCUUCAUCUGUAUUUAUGGAAAGUCCAGUUGGCAAACAAAGGAACCCUAGUUCGUCUUCGGGCAACAACGAUAUAUUCCCAGGACCUGUAGAUCGUCCUAUGUCUGGAUUCAGCUCUCCAGUUCCCGCCAAAGAUGUGGAAACCAGAGAACGUAUGGAAGCAAUGGAAAAACAGAUUGCGAGCUUGACGGGACUGGUCCAGACUGCGCUGAUGAGAGGGUCUGACAGUGAUAAUGUCAGUGAAAAGGCUGAACCUGCUAAUGGAGGAACAGUGUGCUCAACAACCUCUAGUCACCAUAGUGCUGGGACUCCCCAGUCAACUUCUACACCAGGGUCUACUGUCACCCCUGCAGACCAAAGCAAGGCCAUCAAUCGCCUGCACAUGCAGCUUCAACUACAUGACAUUCAGCACAAUGCCAGUGAGCUGAGGAACCAGCUACAGCAGCUGAAGAAGCUACAGCUCCAAAAUCAGGAGAUGGUGCUUAGCAUGCUGAAACUCACAGAGACAGAGAUCAGCACGCGAGUGACAGACACCAUGCGCAAACAAGAAGACCCAUUACAGAGACAACGUGCUAUGGUGGAGGAGGAGAGACUGAAAUAUCUAAACGAGGAGGAACUUAUCACUCAACAGCUCAAUGAUCUGGAGAAAUCAGUGGAAAAAAUAAAGCGAGAUUUAGCUCACAAUCACCGCCUUAUCUCUGUGCAAGAGUUGGAAGAGAAAGCCGUGGUUCUCAAGCAGCUGGGAGAAACACUGACUGAGCUAAAAGCUAAGUUCCCCAGUCUGCAGAGUAAAAUGCGUGUGGUUCUUCGUGUGGAGGUGGAAGCUGUGAAGUUCCUGAAGGAGGAGCCACACCGCCUAGACGGGCUGCUGAAGAGAUGCAAAGCUGUCACUGACACCUUGGCUCAGAUUCGCAAAAAGAGCGUGCAUUCCAGCGGGAAAUUGAGAAGGGAGCUUGACAUACUGGCUGACACACUACAGAGACAAGUAGACGAAGGGGUUUGGAAUACACCAGAGAACCUCAAUAAUCCUUCUUCCAAACAAACAUCUGAUGGCGAGUUCACAAAAAGUGCAGAGUUUGAGUUGCCUUCAAGCCCCCCAACUAACUUCCAUCAGAGUGACACUCCAACGCAAAGUUGGGAUGCAUUGUGUCACAGUGAUGCUUCCUCCCACAACAGUAAUCCCACCCGUGGAGAUAUGGUUACAGUGAAGACUCAGACCGUCCCAGAGAUGCAAAGCAAAAGAAUGGGAGCAGAGAAAUCUGUGUCCGUUGAGGCUGCUGAACGGGACUGGGAGGAGAAACGUGCGGCACUCACUCAGUAUACUGCCAAAGACAUUAAUCGUCUGCUAGAGGAGACCCAGGCCGAACUAAUGAAGGCCAUUCCAGACUUGGACUUUGCAGCCAAACACAAGGCCACUGGGAGUGCUGCAUCUACCCCAGAGCACCGUGCUUGCAAACCACUGCCAGCACAGAAACUCAGCUCCAAGAUAGAUCCCAAUGGAAGGAGGGGCUCAGAUGAGCUGACAGUGCCUAGAUAUCGGACUGAAAAGCCUUCUAAAUCUCCUCCUCCACCUCCUCCUCGUCGAAGCUUUCCAUCCUCACAUGGACUCACUACAACUCGAACAGGAGAGGUGAUUGUCACCAGCAAAAAGGAUGCCACUUUCAUUAAGAAAUCAGACUCUGAGGAGUUGGAAAGCCAAAAGCCACAAGUCAAGCUGCGCCGUACAGUAUCUGAGGUUGUGCGCCCAGCUUCAACCCCUCCAAUUAUUGGCUCUGGCAUUAAGGACGAUGACGAUGAAGAUCGGAUUAUAGCAGAGUUGGAGGUAUUCCAGAGAAGCUCUGGCUCCCACUUUAUCCCUCAGUUGCAUUAUGAGCACACAGCAACAUCUCAUGUUUUGCCACGACCAGCACAGCUGUGGUCCAAUGAGGCCAUGGUUGCACCAGAAGGAUGGAAGGCUGCAGACUCCAACUGGGGAGACCAAAGAUCAGACACAGCACCUACACCUCCAAGUCUUCAUUUAGAUCCCCAGACCAAGGGAUGGCCUGAUCCCACAUCAGUCAGUGUAACGAUAUCCUCCCUGCCACAGAUUAUAUUAACAGAGUGGACAUCUAACCCUCCCUCUCCCACCAGGGAGGAUGCGGAUAGCUCUAAAUCAGGAAAAGCUGAAAUAUUUAACUUUUCAGUGGAAGAUAUUGUUGAGUGGUCAUAUCCAGAAUUACUAGAGCAUGCUCAAGAUACAAAGUCGGGCACUGGAGAAUCAGGGCAGUUUAGUAUGGGCUUUGUAGGAACCCAGCACAAACCUCUGUGUAAGAACAGCCAAGAAAGUAUAGAUACUCAAGUAUCUGUCUCGUCCUAUUUCAAAGCUACAUCUGACUCUGAAGAUGCAGAAUUGGUCAGGGACAGUUCCUUGGAUUGGCAUAAUAAGGAGCCCAGAGAACACAUAUUGGGAUUUAUGAUCACAAAGGAGAAUAUUAUCUCUUUAACACAAGAAGAGAAGAACAAAUUAGAGGUAACUGAAGAUGUGAGAGUGAUACAAGUGAGAUUUGUUGGUGGAGCAUGCAUUGAACUUUUAGAGGAAGAUUUGAAUGUUUUACCUGAUAGCAAGCCUGCCCUACCUGAUGACAAACCUGUCCUUAUUGUAUUUGAAGAACCAGUGAUGCUUGAAACUGCUUACAAACGACUGUGGGAGAUAACAAAGUGUGAGGAUUGGUCUGGAGGGCAUGAUGGAUGUCGGCAUGAACAGGUCACCGCUGAACUGAAAAAUGAGGAAUUCAAAAGGAGUUUUGGUCGGAGUUCACCUCAAGACCUUGUAGGUCAGACUCAGCAGUUCACAAAUGAUGAUCUGUGGACUCUGUCAAAAACAACACCUCCAGUGCCAAAACCAAGACUUCUGCAAGGAAAGGAUCCAAAAGCAAAACCCCAAGCAACAAAGCACAAUAAAAUAGAGUUCCCUAAACUACACAGCAUUGCCUUGUCAAAUUUCCUUCAGUCAGGAUACACUUCUAAACUGAGAGUCAUUGAUGUUCAGAAAACAAUGCAAAUUGCAACUGAAUUAAAAGAAAGUGCCCAAGAUAUCCCUACGGUAACCAAAGAUGUAAUGAUCGCAGAUGAAACUCAUGUGGCUUGGAGGAGUAUGGACAUUUGUAAGAAUACAUACAAGAGGCUAGAUAGCCUGGAGGAAAGCAUCAGAGAGCUUGAAAUAACCAUAAGUGAAAUUGGCACUAAGCAAAAAAACGUUUUUAGCCAGGUUGUACCUGCUGAGAAUAACCUGCAGGCUUUCAAACAACAAGUGGAUCCUGAGCCAAGACCCCUGGGCUCACUAGAUCUACAUGGUGUGAAUGGGAGUGAUUCAACAGGGAAAAGUCCCGCCUUGCAGAAAGAAGAUGAGGGUGUGGGCAGUAUCUCACUGGCCAAAACCAAACCACCUUUGCUUCCAAAACCACAAAUCACUAAGAGUGGGGGAGUGUCCAUCCCCCCAAUGAAGAUGGUGAACCCUGUGGGCUCUCGGCUUAAGGUGGUCCAGCAGAGUGGUGGAGAUAAGAGUAACAAACACUCCAAGCAGAGGAUGGAGUACAUGAGGAUCCAGGGCCACCAGCAGGCAGCUAGACCUUCUAAAGAGGCUGGUAGUGUGAAUGAGACUAAUCUGGGGUCGGAUAAGACAGCACCUUCUCGAACCUCUAUUCCUGUACUAACUUCCUUUGGUACAAGGAACUCCUCUAUUUCCUUCUAAAUGUAAUCUACAUUGCGACUUUUUGCUCGACUACUCUUCUCUCAUAAGACUUCUCUUUCCUACCCUUUGAAGUGUGGACAGUGUCUUAUUUGGCCAUCAUCUUCUGCCACAAAGACACCACCUCAUCUUUUUUUCCUUCUGCGUUUUAUCAGCUUUGAAAAUUCUGAGGCGCCAAAGGGCUGAAAGCACGGAGAUGGGUGUGAAAGACAGACAAGACAGCCAACAUGUCCCAUGGUGCCUACCACCACUCCAGGCCUGACUGUUACCACACUUGCAGAGCUGCUCGUCUCUCCAAAUGAUGUAAAUAGAAACCUAUGGAAGCCAGAACUUUAUCGGACAUUAUCUCUGGAUUCCGGAGCAUUGUAUGUUGCUUUGUUUUAUUAUUUAAUUUGUAGAAUUUAUUUUUUGUGGAAGUCUAGAGAUGCCAGGAUGACCUUCUUCUGUGUGCGUGCGUGUGUGUUGCGUUGCCAGCAAUAAGCAAAGAGAGCAGUUUGUAUAUUGGAUGUUCUAUACUGUACCCGCAUUUAUCUUUCAAGGUAGCAUAAUAUGUAUUACAAAUAGCAGGUGCAGGUUCCUUUCCUUAUCUGGGAAGAUAUCAGAAAGCACAGAGUGGAGAAAGUCUGAUGUUUUUAGGUGGUAUUAAAUGACCACUCAAAGAGUGAGAAAUGCCAAGCACAGUGGCACCAAGACAUGUUCCUGACACCAACACUGUUAACUUUGUAAAGCAAUAUCUGUCCUCACAUAAGUCAUGGACAGGUGCAAGAGGUAUAGACUCCAGGGUUUCAUGUUUAGGGAAGGUCCACUGGUCAUUCACCAUCAACAGUCUGGAUAGUUUGACUCUGGCAGUUAGUGGACCUCAACAGCUCUUUGUCCUUAAAAUUGGUCCUUGGGGUGGUGGUAGGUGGGAGCAUUUCCUUGUAACAUUGUAUAUUAUAAGCACAGAGACUGAUAACACUAAUAUAUGUGAAGUGUGUACGUAUGUGUGUUGGUGAUUUUGUAUGUCCAUGGCCAGAGGAGAGACCCAGAGUGCAAUUCUGUUUUUUUACUUUCUUUCUGUCUGUAAUCACUUGGAUCAUGUUUUUUCUUUCUCUUAUCAUUUUUUCUUUUCUUUUUGUUAAACCAUCCAUUUGUACAGAUAUUGAGUUUAUAUAAAGAAAAUAAACAAUCUGCAAGGUCACUGUUUUGGAUUUAAAGUAACUCCAUCCAGUGAAGUGUUUUUACAUUUUCUAUUGUUUUAUGAAGAAGAAAAAAAAUAUAUAUACAUAUAUAUAUAUACAUAUUAUAUAUAAAAAUACUGACAUAUGAUAUAAAUAUAUAUAACUUUAAGAGAAUCCAUUCCUUGUCCAGUAUGAGGAGUGUUUACAUAAUAAAUGUUUUGGGAUCUUUCUGUUUUCCGUUAGUGGAAAGUAGUAGGAUCUUUCUUUGACUUGCAAACCCCAUCCAUUGUGAGAAACACAGCCACUAUGUAGUUCUCUCCAUGUAUAAUACAGAUUGUGGUUCCUUAGAAGACUGAUUUCUACCAAAAAGUUUAAUAGCGUCUUUAAUGAAUCUAUGUGUGUGGGAGUGGGUAUAGAGGGUUUUGUUGGGUUCCUCCAUCCUCUUUGUCUUAUUCUGCUUUGUCCUGUCCAUUGUGCCCAUGGGUUCAUACCCUCUCUGCUUUCAUCCAUGAAGCAAUUGGCAGAUAAAUUAUUUUAAAUUGCAAAAUGCAUAACUCUGCCUGGCCCCUUAUUACGUGGAACCAUGCCAAAGGUGGUUCCGCUGCACUGGCAGCUACUGAAAGGCUUAGCUCGGAGAACACUUAAAGCUAAGGUAAAUUUCUUAGUGCCAAGUCUCCUUUGGCAAUAAUUACAUCUUAUCACAUGGAAGAAUAAAAGUAAUGAUAAAGUAGAGCGUGAGGAAUUUAAAAAGUUAUGAUUUUUUAUUUUUAUUGCAAAUAAUUGUUACUUUGAUAUUAAAGGUGCCUAUCCCUGCCUUUCCCAUUUACCUAUAGAGAGCCAGAAGCUCUUGCUAAGACGUUACAUUAGCCCUCACGAUAUGCCCUGUAGUGUAGGACCACCUCAUUGGCUGAGAGCAUCAACUGAUUGCAGGAGGGACCUCCCUAAAACCUCCCCAAACAGGGCACGGUUUGAUCAUUGACUGAGAGUAUUAACCGAUUGGCUUAAUCCAAUUUAGAGAGGUACCCACUGCAAUCAGUUGAUACUCUCAGCCAAUGAGCAAACCCUGCCUUGUUUGGCUUAGUACAAUUUAGAGAGGUACUCGCUGCAAACAGUGCAUGGUUUGCUCUUUGGCUGAGUGCAGAAAGGCAGGUAGUGGAAACCAGCAGACCCCAGGUACUACUACUUUCAUUGGGAGGGCACCAUGGCAGCAUAUCCACUACAGCAUGUUAUGGUGCUUUGAGUGUUCCUUUAUACAAAUUAGACUCCACCCAUUUAGGACCAAGUGAGAAGCAUUGAGAAAUGUACGUAUCAACAAUUCCAUAUUGUGAUAACAAUAAAACAUCUGAAAUGACACUUUAGUAGACUGGGUGAAACAUUUUACUUUGUACAUGUCACCUCCUGUUUAAUGAAACCAGGCGUCCGGCCUUGCAGAUAUAUAUAUUUAUAUAGAUAGAUAGAUAUACUCUUCAUCUUGAAGAAUAGACAUCAUGCCUGAUCCUUAUCUCUGUCUUUAUUGUUGCACUAGCUUUUUAACCAAACCUCUGCCAAUUGUUUCACUAGAGGAACUCCCUACAUAAAUCAAACUAUUUCAGCGUUUUGCAAGUAACUCACCCUAAAGUGUAGGAGGCUUUUGUAGCAUGUUGUAUUUGUUUUACACUAUGGUAUUAUUAUAUCUUAAAAAGACAAAUUAACUAGAACACCAGAAAAGUAAUUAAUUGGAGAAUUGCACAGCACUUUGUAGAGACUCUGUAAACAGGCUCCAGAACAAGUCAGUAAGCACUUUCAAAAGCAUAUACUUUUUUUCUGGACUCAAUGUUGCUAUUGCAUUAAUGGAAUUGUCAGGAAUUCACGGUAAAUAUCAUUAUUAAAGGAACAGGCUCGCAUUAAGAAUACAAACAUAUAUUCCUAACGCUAGAGUGUUAGAUUGUGUGCCUCCCCGGUUAUACCCACCUUGCGCCAGUGUUGCUGCGGCCACCCCUCCUCCUAUGGCUGAGGCCAUCAAUACUAAUGAUUUCAGCUAAUUCAAUGGUAAUGGUUCCCCAUUGGGAAGUAUUGGGGGUGGUUAGUGCACAUGCGCAGAAAUCACCAUGCUGCGCCAGUCAGCAUCUUCUCAUAGAGAUGCAUUGAGUAAAGACGCCGAAAAUCAAUCUUGUAAUCUUUGCAGAACCUCAUGCAAGAAGCUCCCUCUAGUGGCUUUCCGUAUGACAGCCACCGAAGGCUGAAAAAGCAGUGUUUAAAAUGCUCUGCCUGCAGGGGGCAGUCUCCAUGCGCCAGAUCCACUACAUUAAGCUGUAGUAGUUCUAGGGCCUAUCUAUAUAAUAUAUUAAGAAACAGGAGCAAUUUUUACCCUUAAACACCUUCACUAUGGAACUCGUGUAUGCUCGAUUCUCAAGGUAUGCACGAUUACAUGGGUUUUUUGUUUUUUUAUAUUGAAAGCAAAAUGUAACUUAUACAAACAAAUGUAGUUAGCAAAUUGUCCCCUUGGGGUCCCAGGCAGCAGAGUCUGAGCUAAUAUUAACACCAGCUCUGUUAAGUUCUCCUGUAUCUGCGCUGAUGGUUGGGGAGAUCUCACAGUGCAGGUCUGGUCAUUUGGCUGGGAACAGCUCUAUACCGAUGCUCCCUACCAUUCAGAGACUGGCAAGGAGCAGUUAGUGUGGUCUGCACAAAAGUUGGAGGUGCGGACCUGCACUGACAGCCGACUGGCCAGGAUGUUAGCAGAAGGGUGGCAAACCUAAUAUCUUGCAUGUUUGCACAGAAAAUUUAUGUUAUAUGAUGCCUUGAAAAAUUAUUGGUUAAAAAUCCCCAUUUGUUAAUGCAUUAUAUAGAUAAUGCAUUUAAAUAUAAUGUAAAAUAUACAUAUCCACAAAGUUUUUUUUCUUCAGAGCCCUUUUUGGUGAAUUUGCCUAAAGCUGCAAACAUACCCCUCCCUGACAAGGAAGAGUCUCUUAUAUCGUAAGCUCUUGCACAACAGAAGUUCAUGGGAUAAGUAGUAUAUUCCCCAAGAUCAGUUCCACUCAUCACUAGGAUACCAAUAACCUGGUUCUCCGUUUAAUGAACCGCAUUAGUCUAAAGUCAGGUUCUCUCAGUUGAAGAUGUACGUGUACAAGUUGGAUAAAAUUGUUAUAGACAGCCUGGUACUUCAAGACUCUCUUUUUACAAAUUGCUGCAGUUCUAAGCAAUUUUCAGAGUUGAUAAUUGGCACCAUUACCUUUUUAAUCAUGCAAUGGAGUGAUUGUGCACCGAGUGACCUUUUUAUCAGUGAAGCGUCUGCAAUUCUUCUGGAUCACUUCUGAUCAAUUUGUUUUAAUUUAACUUCUAUUUAACAGGCCGGCAGCUGCAUGUAGAAAUGUAAGGUCUUUGACACAAUGACCAAUCUUUCUUCACCCUGCUUACUUCUAAAUAAAACACAUUACAUUGCAUUACUAAGCUUUGCAAGUCAAAGGAUAGAAUUAGUUACAUAUUUAUGUCAAUUCCAAAAUAA